AAGCGCUGACCAAAGUGAGGACCUGGGUGCUGGACAGGCGUGCCUUUCAGGUGAUUAUGAUGAAGACCGGGAAGGAUAAGAAUCAACAGUACAAGAAGUUUCUGCAGAGUGUUCCUUUACUUCAAAACCUAAACGAAGAGCUCAUCGGAAAGAUUGCGGACGCGAUUGAAGUGGACUACUACCCGGCCGGUGACUACAUCUGCCGACAGGGCUGCUCUGGCGACUCGUUUUACAUCAUAAGCUCGGGUUCAGUGAAAGUAACGCAACAUAACUUCAUCGGCGAGGAGACGCUGCGGACACUGAAAGCGGGCGACUAUUUCGGCGAACAGGCGCUCCUCGUGUCGUCCAACCCGUCAGCCCUGCGCACCGCCAACGUUGUGUCCCUCGACUGCGAGUGUCUGGUCCUCGACCGCACAAACUUCCACUCACUUAUCGGUGAUCUCAAUGAACUCAAGACAAAGUAUUACGAGGACAGGGAUGUGUUUCACUGUCUGGAGAACUCGGAGAGCGACGACUGCGUGGACCCGUCGGUGGCUGACCUGAAACUGGUGCUUAGAGGCGACUCUCUGGACGAUGCGCUCGUUGUUGAUGUGCUGUUCCUGACG